AAAUAUAAGUUUAAGUAUUGAAAGUUUAAAAAAUGGCAUCGGCGGCAAAAAUAAUUAAAUUUAAUAAGCCAAUAUCAAAGAGCUUAAAAACAUUUCUGUUGUGGGGGAAAGAGGAAUUUAUCGGUUACACUGAAGAAAACGGAUUAGUUAUCAAAAUAUGGUGUAAGGUUUGCGCAAGAAACAAGUUAUCUAUUUUAAGUGAUCGUUCAGUUAGAGGAGUAGUGGUUGGUUCUUUGAAGGCGUUUAAUGAGAGAACUAGUGUGGUAACAAAACAUCAGGCUGAUCGUCAUCUUGAAGGUCAUAUCCUUAAACUGGCGCUGGAAAUCGAUAAGGGAAACCUAACUCAAGAAACUGGAAUAGGCCACAUUAUAAAUCCAGAUAACCAGAACUCUUUAAAUAAUAAGCAAAACAUUCGUGAAGCGUAUUUUAAGAUGAUAAAAACAGCAUACGAAAUGGCUUUAAAACCAAGCAUGCCCCAUAGCCAUUUUGAAGUACUUAUCAAAUGUCAAAGACUUAAUGGUGUGCAACUUGUAGAAGGAAAAGGCCACAAUCGAGUAGCACGUCAAUUUACCUCCUGCAUUGCUAAUGCCAUUUAAGAAAAAAUUGCUAAAUUGUUAAAGAGAAAAACUUUUUCUUCAUACUUUCUGAUGGCUCUCAAGCACGAAAAACAAAGGAUGAGAAAGAGUUGGUUCUUGUUCGUGUUGAACGAGAUGGCAUACCUGCUUAUCUUGUAGUAUCUUUACUAGAGAUGAACAAUUUGGGUGGUGUGAACGCUAAUACCAUUAAAAAGGCUAUUGAUAGCAUUUUCAAUCAAUCAGGAAAUAUUCCUUUAACUGCAGAUGCAUAUAAAAAUAAACUUGUCAGCGCUUCUUCUGACGGAGCUAGCGUUAACUUAAGCAUGUAUAAUGGGGUCUUAACUCAAAUGAAAAACAACAGAACAUAAGUUCUCAGACCCUGCCUCCACGCAUUGUCGUCCAAUGUCUCCACCUGAAAAUCUUCUAUCUCCUUCAUGCAUCUUAUCUGUUUGCAAACUGCAACGAUUGAUUCGCUUUCGUGUUCCUCUAGUAAAGCAUUAUAGUCAUAUAUUUAGCGACAAAAGUCAAUUUUAUCAGCCCUAGUCGGUAUAUAACAUAAAGGAUUAAAAUAAUACUUUUCUUCCGGUUCAGAACCCUCUUCUACUACUUCAGUGGAAACUCGUGGUGUAAUUGGUAUAUCUUGCGAACCCAUACUUUGGUUACAAUCAAUGUCAUCCAUUGAAGGCACAUCCAUUAUUAAUAAUAUUAACGUUUUACUACUACAAAAACUCAAUUAAUUUGAAUGCGUUCAUAACGUGUAUAACGUCUCAAGUUUUACGCCUAAAUGUCUUAACAUACUUAACGAAAACGCAAUGUAAACAAACAACAUGAACAUAAUGAAUAAAGUGUAAUAAACAUGAAUGAAGUUAUAACGCACAUCUAAAGAUACUGUAAUAUUUAUAAAACAAACAUUUUUAAAUAUAUUUUAAUCAU